AACAUGGAGGAAUUUCAAGUAGCUGCUUGUGUUUGUUGAUAUCGAUAAAAGUAACAGAAAACAGAUCAGGGUGUUUCAAGGGCAUCAUCAAGUGUGAGAAUGUCAGCAGGAGCUGUAAAGGAGAGUUUGUCCCCAAUGGGUCAACCGCAGUGUAACUCAGAAGGGACUGGUCACUCCAGCAAGGACAUCAGUAACUGUCCACGCAGCGAGCCCGACGGUCAAUCUACAGAGACCUUUCAGGCAGGAUCUGGACUCGCAGCUAAACAGACCCUGUUGCAGACAGCCAGCAACGGAUCUGUCAAAGUGGGAGAAAAUAACAACAUCAACUGUUUGCCAAACGGCGCACACAACAAUAACAAGGCUGUUGUGGAUGCUAAUUAUGUGUGUGAUACAUCAGCUGUUCUGCAGGCCAAUGGGACAGAACCAACUUCUGAUGCUGGAGAGGCCAUGGACACUGUGAACACAGAAGUCCCUUUACGAAGCCACGGCAAACCGCGGGAUUUCCGGAGCACACGCUCUGAGAUCCUGACAUCAGAGCUGUACCGUCGUCGCAGUGCCUCAAUGAUGGAAGUGAAGGAGCAGGCCCAUGGCAGACUGCAGGAGGAACUCAUCAAAGCUCAAAGGGAGCUGAAGCUGAAAGAUGAGGAGUGUGAGAAGCUGGCUAAGGUUAGAGACCAGAUGUGCCAAGAACUAGAGGAGCUGACUGCUUGUCUCUUUGAGGAGGCUAACAACAUGGUACAAGAAGCAAAUAUGAAGAGAAUGCAUUCUGAAAAAUUGCAGUCUGAGGCAGCAAAUAAGAUUGAAGUCUUGCAAGCAGAGGUUCUAGCUCUCAAACAAAUUGUCCUAACCUCCACCCCGAGCACACCAAACAAACACCUCCACCCCCAGAUAGAGACCACCAGCCACAAGAAGAAGGAGAGCCGCCCCUUCUGGAAAGGUCACAGGAGGUCUACUAGUCAUCACGAGUUUACGAAGGAGUCACGUCAAGAGGCAGAAGAAAGGCAGCAGGAGUCAAUACGGAUUGUUGAGGUUGAUCCAGUCUGCAUACUGGAGUUUAGGUCAUGGCGACAAAGUCCACAGCUCUCCAGAAACUGCCAGUUUUUAUCACGGGUUGUGUUUGAAGACAUUGCUCCCUGCUUAAACUUUGCAAGUAAAGAGUUAGCAGCCAGGGUACAACAAUGUGUAGAGAACAACACCCUGACGAUAGAACCCAUCUCUGGGGACAGUUCGUUCCCAAGAAAGUGCUCCUUGUCUGAUUCUCCUAAGUUAUGCAAUUAUAAGAUAAAGCUGGGAGAAGACACCCGGUGGUACCCCAUAUCACAACACUGUAGAAACAGAAUAGCAUCUGUGUGUGACUUCUAUACCUAUAUCAGGUAUAUAUAUCAGGGCCUCGUGAAAAGUGAAGAUAAAGAUGUUUAUAAUGAGAUUGUUCGACUGAGGCGGCAGAUGGCAUUGUCAAGACUGGGGCUGUUGUAGCUUGACUUCACAUUUCAUGUCCAUUCUCGUUCAUAAACAUUGCUGAGAAAGCUAUGAAAUCCAGCCUUGGAGAGGAUCGAGUGACUUUGUUGAACUGGACUGAGAUAACCAAGGCAGUGUAAUGUGUAGUAAUGCAUGGAGUAGGUGUCAACUGUCAAAAGUGAGCUUGGUAUGGGAAUUCCUGUCAGAGAUUCUUCACUAAGUGCCAAGUUUGUCACUCCUGGAGUGGUCUUGUCCAUUGUCAUCAUUUCAUGUAUGUUAUCCAUCCAGAGGAGUUGUGAAUUCAUCAAAUUCAUCAUUGUGAAGUCAUUGCGGACCUUGGACUUGAGAGCAGCUACAUAUAACAGUUAUCUCCUUGUGUGACUUCAUUAUCUCUCCUUGGAGUAUGGCUGGAUUAAACCGAAAGCCUGGCGUGCAAGCAGUGAAACCUGCCAUACCCACCUGUGUAAUCUGUCAACUCCCAUCCACCGGUAAUUAAAAACAAACUAAGUUAAAUAAAAAAUGAUCACUGAAAAGCCAACUCAUAAUGAUGUGUGUUAACACUCCCAAGAACGAGUUCUUUGCCAUAUUAGUCUGAAGACACUCAUGGAAUGUAUGUAACAGUCUUUGUGUACUAGACUGAAACACUGUGGACUUGAAAUGGAUACUUGCAGAAUUAAAAUAAAGAAUUAACCAGAAUUAAAAGUCAUCUGAUACAUAAACAUGUGUUUUAACAUGUAUGAUUUCAGGAACAAGGGUAUUAGAAGUACAUACCAUCACAGACGUAGCUGGUACAGGAACUUAUCUGGUCGUUGUACAGAUAGCUCUAGAACAUUGUAGUAUUGAUUUAUCAUGUGUACAAUCAAGGUGCCCCUGGGUGUAACUCAUUUACCAUCUGUACAAAAUAUUUAAUUUGUAUAAUUUUUUUUCUAUUUAACUUCAAACCAUAAGGUACAAACUUUCGUGUUUUAUGCAUAUAUAAAUAUAUAUUAGAGAUGAAUUACAAGCUCAUUCAAGUUUAUAUGGUUCUUUGCAUGUUGUCCUUCAAUGUAUGUCCUUCAUAUGUUUGUGAUGCUUGAUAGCUUUGAACCUUGUGUUUAAAAUGUUGACCCAAAAUGACCAGAUAAACUUGGAAACAUCUUUAUGAACAAUGGAAACUUUCCCAAAUUUGUGAAAAUUUUAGAAUAUUUUUCCUAAAGCCAAAGGGUAAAUCAAAUUUUUUAAGUAUAUAGUGUUUCAUUUUUUAAUCUAUUUCUUUACAUAAUCUUACUUUGACUUUAAGGUAAGGUUGGAAAACAACAUGUGGAAUUUUUAUGCUUUAGGCAUGUCAAGAUGAGAGAUUAUAUUAUUGUUGUUGGUGUUUUCUGCCUUAUUGGUAUACAAUGAAGUGAAAUCAAAUAAUUGGUUGGUGGAACUGGAAUUGUGUAGACACUACAUUAAUGAAACGACAUGUUAAAGUCUCCCGGGAAGUAUUAGCUGGCCAGUCAUAGUGUGUCACCAUUAUAAGCUGUAGUGGUUAGAUAUUAGUACAGCAACACAAGACCAUUUUAGUCGUGACCAUGUGUCAUGGCAUCCAUGGUAUAUUGUGUUUAUACAAACAUAGUGUGGCCAAGUAUCUGUCAUACAUAUUUUUGGAUACGGCCUUUUGUUUUUUCAGGCAUCUUAUCUUUUCAGGAUGGAUUCCAUCACAUCUGCAUACUUGUACCAGUAUUGUUGCUUAUUGGAGAUCAGGCACUACUUUCUCCUAUGAUUUGGUUGUGUUACUUAUGUAGUAUGUAUGAUUAAAAUUUCUACUUAAUUUUUGUACAUCUUUGUAUAUAAUGUGUGUUUAUAAAAUAUCAGAAUGUGGCGUGUCAAAGGAAUGCAUGACAUCAAAAGUCACAAUCCCUUGCUUUAGUCCUGGUAAGGAGUUUGGAUUGGACUUAAGUUGUAGACAGACCCUAGCCCUAGCUGGAAGAGUGGACUAGAUUGCAUUGGUUCGGAUAACUGUGUGCUUCACCAAUAUGUUUUUAUCAGUCUCCUGCUGGCUCUUCUAUGGUCAGUAGAUUUUACUAGUUCCUGGCACAGUGCUCUGGUUUCCCCUUGCUCACAGACCUGACCAUUAUCAGAAUCAGAGACAUUAUCAUCAAGAUAUGUAGUAGUGUUAGCGGUCAAAUAUGGAAGUAAACAUAUGUUUAAUUACAUUUCAAAUGGCAUUGUCAUUUGCAGGUCACAUUGCUUAUCACAAUUAACCUGUAUAUAGCAGGGUCAUUCACUGAAUUUUACAUUAUCUAAGGUUAGAAGAAUGUUUUUACAGCUGUUUACACAACUGAAAUGCUGAUGAUGACCAGCAUUUUUAUUUAGGUGUUAGUUACACAAAAAAUACUGGUCACUAGUGUUUCUAUUCUGGCAUUUAACACUGAUAUACUUAUCUCUGAGGUGGACUCAUUUUGUAUUCUUGUACUUCUCAUUGAACAUCAUUGAACUGUGGGUUAUUGUUAAAUGUGUCAAUUGAACAUAGUUGAAGGCUGAUAUAAGAUUAGUUACAUACACGUACAUUUAAGGACAUGGACAGUACUGAUUGUUUGUUUAUAGUAAUGCCAAUUAUAGUAUUAAGUUAUGAACAAUCCUGACAGACCUGUUUAAUUGUAUAAACAACUAAUAUUGGGACAAUCAGUCAGACUGAACAUACACUAACAACCAUAUCACAGUGGGAGGGAGAAUCAUCCCUGAAUACGCUCUGUUUCUGGUACGGGACCUUGUGUAUGGUUCUAUUACCUAAUUUAUGAGAAGAAAACAAACUAUAGGUGGCCUUUUCAAGCAGGUUAGGUUUUCCAGACGUGAAUAACUUUACCAUUUAACUUUACACACAAGUUAAGAGUAGUUGAAAAUAUUUGGCCGUUAUUAGCGGUUUUCAAGUUUUUCUUACGUGAAUAACAAUGUAGCCUACUUCACCACUUAACUGAACACACAAGUUAAAAGGAAUCUAAAAUAUUUUGGAAUUUUCUUGACCGUUUCGAGCAUUUUAAGUUUUCCAGACAUGAAAAACUAUGUUCUUUCCUACUGAACUUUACAUACCAGUUAAGAGUAGUCUAAAAUAUGUUGGAAGGUACUUGGCCUUUACAAGCAGUUUUCCUUUUUGCACAUGAAUAAUUAUUUACUUUACAACUUAACUUUAAUAACACACAAGUUAAAAAUGAGUCUAAAAUAUUUUGGAAUGUUCUUUACUGCAUCAAGAAGGUUGAAGCUUUUCCACACAUGUAUAACUACUUUAUCACAAAAACACUGAAAACAAGUUAAAUUUGUUGAUCAUGAACAAUUUAGUCUAUAUGUAAAAGUAUACAUGGUUGUCCAUUGCUGGAUGUUGUGACAGUCACGGUGUGGAAAUGCACAGGGAUAAUAUGUUGGGGCAAGUUAAACAACCAUGAGGUGAAUGUGACAAGACUACUUUAGUUGUGGGUAGCUUGAAGCUGUGUCACAGUUAAGUGGGUUGAUUGGGUCCAUGUACAGGUGAAGGCCAAAAUGUCAUGUUUGUUGCCAUAUAUUUGCAUGUCUGAUGACAGGUAUAGUGUUGUGUUGAGGGUUUCGUGCUGUGGGCUCAAUCAAUAAUGGCAAGUUUUCAGGCAGAAUUAGUGACUUAAGAGCCUGAUAAUAACUUGAGUCUGGACUAAAGGGAGACUUGACAUCGAAGUCAAGAGUAUAAGAAUGUAAGCCAGACUUGUCCUUCAUACACUUUCAUUAUCUGUAAGAGUUGAACUUUGUGUUUUUUUUUACCUGUAUAUACAAUUAUGUUGUCUAUUAUAACAUUUUCAUAAAACCAGCUAAGUACAUGAAUUUUGUUCACAUUUUUUCUGCUUGUAGAACUGUUCACAACACGUAAAAGUUGUACUUAUUUUUCACUUGACAUCAGAGAAACACAUUGAAAAUUUCAGCAUGUAUAGAUUUACGUAAGUUUGUGGGACUGAGCUGGUAAUGUCAAGGAUAAUAUUGUUCAGUAAUCAUAACUUGGCACUCUGGAAAAAGCUCAAAAAAUGGUGACAUAUACAGCAACUGGUAGUCAUGGUGAUAGUGGUCACUCUCUGGUUGAUCGCUGGUUGAUCACUCUCUACAUGUGUCUAAACUGCCUGACUGCAGUAGUAUGACCCACUAAUUUUGAACAGGAUCAUUCUUAUGCAGAAGACAAUGGAAGUUUUCAUUGUUUUGAGACUUCUGUGAUCAUUAUCAAAGGAGCUGAAACUGCCCAACGUAGCCCCAACAUCUUGGUGAUCAUGUCUCGAUGUCUGCGUAAGCUGGGAUAAGUUUGCCUUCAGUUGAGUAUCAUCCCUUUACUUUAACGGCAGAGCACAGUAGCUAACACAAUCUAUUUAUUCACAGCUCCCUGCAGUGAAUUGAACUACUUGUACCAGCAGUUUAGGAGAGCCAUUGUUCCAACAGAGUUUAUAAACCUGAAUAUUGUUGAUGUAAUAUUUUAAAUGAAUUGACAAAGCUCAUGUGUUUUAACAAUCAAAGUCUUCCUGAGGAAUGACCCAUGAGGGGCCAACCCAACAUUGUUUACAAUUGUUCUAUUGUAUGAUGUUCAAUAAAUUGUUUCAUAUUGUAUUGUAA